AUGAAGUGGCUCCCUCGCUUUGUUUCUGCCUCUUUCGUCCUUUUGAGUGGACUUGGCUGUUCUGCCAAUGGUGCUGAUUCAGGCACUUAUUACUUUAAGCACUUCAGUACUUCUGGCAGUAUUAGUCCAUGGUAUAGUAACGAUAAUUCGUGGGGUGUGGACGCUCCAGGUGGUAGCGGAUUUGUUGUUAUGGUUACUGGCGAAGACUGGGGCACUUGGUCCCCAGUCCAUACUCUGCCUAAGAAGAUCAAGGAUCUUAACCCGGGCCAUAAAACCUGGUUCAGUCAGACUGCUCAACCUGCGCAAGGCAAAGGAUACGAUGCUUGCUACGACAUUUUCAUUGACCCAACCUACGCUCCCACUAAUCGUAACGGCAAAUACGAGGUGAUGAUCUGGGUUGGUCAUCAGGCUCCUAACACUCCUCUCUCUGACCACUACGACUCAAAUGGUGCAGUGCCAUGGGCACGGAAUGUGAAUAUUGGAGGCAAACCGUGGGAUGUUUACUUGUAUCAUUGGCCCAGCGGUGAUUUAACCAUGUCAUACGUAGACCCGAGUAACUCGGGUUGGUUCUCGGGUAGUUUGACGCCAUUCUUCGAGCAUGGUAUUGCCAAUGGCUGGUAUAGCUCGGAAGAUUACUUGACUAGUGUUAUGGCAGGCUGGGAAUUUGGCCCUGGAAAGUAUACGGCUAGUUCAUGGGGAGCGGUUGGAUUCUGA